CGUUAAAAGGCUAAAAGCUGUUGAGGCUCGUUCUCUGUAACCAAAUGCAAUUCCCAACCCAAAAAAGAAAGCUGCUCAAAGUGACUGAAUCUACUAUAGCAAUUGCAUCCACAAUCCACUGCAGCGCCAACAAUAGAGCGGCGGAGCAGAGAUGUCUAGCUCUCCUUCAAGACUGCAAUAGCCUUCCCAAACUCACCCAAGUCCACACCCACAUCCUCAAAUUGGGUCUCCAGAACAAUCCUCUUGUCCUCACCAAGUUCACUUCCACAUCCUCUGAUAUUUACGCCAUUGACUAUGCUUCCUCUUUCUUAUUCUCACUGGAAUCGGAUACCCGUUUAUAUGAUACCUUUCUCUUCAAUACCAUCAUCAGAGCUUAUGCUCAAACUAAUCAUUCGAAGGACAAAGCUAUAUGCAUGUAUAACCUCAUGCUUGAAUAUAAUGUUUUGCCUAAUAAGUUCACGUACCCUUUUGUCCUCAAGGCCUGUGCGGGUAUUGGAAACUUGAAUUUGGGCAAGUCUCUUCAUGGUUCAGUGUUGAAAUUUGGAUUUGACAAUGACGUGCAUGUGCAGAAUACAAUGGUGCACAUGUAUUGCUGUGGCAGAGGAGGGAUUGAGUUUGCACGUAAGGUGUUUGAUGAAAUGGGAAAAAUGGACUCUGUUUCGUGGAGUGCGAUGAUUGGUGGGUAUGCACGUUUAGGGAUGUCCACUGAUGCAGUUAGUUUGUUUAGGCAAAUGCAGAUCGCAGGUGUUUGUCCUGAUGAGAUUACUAUGGUAUCUGUUUUGUCUGCCUGUACAGAUUUAGGUGCUCUUGAACUUGGGAAGUGGGUAGAGUCCUAUAUCGAGAAAGAAGGAGUUCAAAAGACAGUUGAGCUUUGUAAUGCUCUGAUUGACAUGUUUGCUAAGUGUGGUAAUGUUGAUAAAGCUAUCAAAUUGUUUAGGAACAUGGAAGAGAGAACCAUUGUUUCGUGGACUUCUGUGAUUGUUGGCUUGGCAAUGCACGGUCGUGGUGUAGAGGCUGUUGCAUUGUUUGAAGAGAUGAUAGGAAGUGGGGUGGUGCCAGAUGAUGUUGUGUUUAUUGGGCUGCUCUCUGCUUGCAGUCAUUCUGGGUUAGUUGAUAGGGGAAGAGAUUAUUUUGACUUGAUGGUAAAGAAUUUUGGCAUAGUACCUAAAAUUGAACACUACGGAUGCAUGGUUGAUAUGUUGUGCAGGGCAGGACUCAUUAGAGACGCAUUGGAAUUUGUUCAGCAAAUGCCUAUUGAGCCCAAUCCUAUUGUUUGGCGUACUCUAAUUAAUGCUUGCCGUGCCCAUGGUGAACUCAAGCUUGGAGAAAAAAUCACCAGACAGCUUAUUAGAAAUGAGCCCAUGCACGAGUCCAACUAUGUACUACUCUCCAACAUUUAUGCCAAAAUGUUCAACUGGGAAAAGAAAAUGAGGAUUAGAGAGUUGAUGGACAGGAAGGGAAUGAAGAAGAUCCCUGGGAGCACUAUGAUUGAGUUGGGCAAUGAAAUUUAUGAAUUUGUGGCUGGAGAUAAAUCUCACUACCAGUACAGCGAAAUAUUUGAAAUGGUGGACGAGAUGGGAAGGGAGAUGAAGCAGGCUGGGUAUGUCCCAACUACAUCAGAGGUUUUGCUUGAUAUUGACAAUGAAGACAAGGAAGACACUUUGAACACACAUAGUGAAAAGCUGGCUAUUGCUUUUGCCCUUCUGAACACCCCACCUGGAACUUCUAUUAGAAUUGUGAAGAAUCUGCGAGUUUGCAGUGAUUGUCACUCCGCUACUAAGUUCGUCUCUAAGAUAUAUAAUCGAGAAAUAAUAAUGAGAGACCGGAACAGGUUUCACCAUUUCAAGGAUGGGAUGUGCUCAUGCAGAGAUUUCUGGUAAUAAACUUGGUACGGUUUCAUGAUGUUGCUGACUGGGUAGAUUCUCGUGACAAAUUACAGAGCACUUGGUCGUGAAUUUAACCUGCCCCAUGGUAAUUUACUGGUGCUGAAGUUUUCUCCAACUAGAAAUUGACCAUUUUGUGUGACAGUAAGACCAUAUUUUUCCGCCAACCUUCGCUCCAUUCUGUCAUCUCAAGAUUGCAGCUUAAAGGAUCAUCAGGUGGAAGUAGUAAGGGGCAUUUCCUGUGUGCAACUGAGGAUAGAAUAGCGCAUACCAUGCAUUUAUGUUUGGCAGUCAUGAUCAUAUAUGCUUCCUCUGAACCCAACUUUUCUGUAGGAGUUUGGUCUAGGCAGAAAAACCAGUUCUUACGUUGAUUAGGUCGUAAUUAAUGAAAAUGGACUUUAUUUCGCAAA